AUGGUGGUUGAUGACGUCACUCAGGGCGGAAGCGCACGUGUGGAAGGUCAGGCAGCCGCUGGUGUAGUGACAGUCGAAAAACCUGGGGUGGAGUCCGGAGCGGCGCGCGACCUGGACACAAUAUACACAUGCUACGUAGCACAGAAACACAGACGCAAAACACACACACACACCGUGAGCAACAUGUUGCGGGUUGUAAAAACUCCCGCCCAAUCUAUGGAUUUUCCUGAAAUAGCAUUUGUUUCUGUGAAGUCUGGAGAAAGCGUUUCUCUUAACUGCCCGUUUGGGAAGAUUAAUAGUUUAGAUCGUGUCAUUUGGUACAAACAAAUAUUGGGAGAGCUGCCUCACAAAGUGGGAGAAAAAAGAACAUAUGGAGAAAUACAAAUUUCCCCAGAGUUUGAGACUUUGGGAUAUAAAAUGGAGACGACUGAUAAAGCCAUAUCUCUGACCAUUCCACACGUAAAAAGAGAUGAUGGAGGACUUUACUACUGUGAGACAUUAAGCUGGGAGAACAUUAAUCUAUCAAAUGGAACGUUUUUGGCAGUAACAGGUGAAAGAGAGUUAAACAUCUCAGUGUUCCAGAGCAGUGUGUUGGACUCGGUUCCUGCAGGAGCGUCAGUGACUCUGCAGUGCUCGGUUCUCUCUGAGAGCAGAGCAGCAGAACUCCAAGUGCUCUGGUUCAGAGCUGCUUCACCACAAUCCCAUCCUCAAAUCAUUUACACUCAUCACAACAGCAGCCAUCAGUGUGAGAGCGGCUCUUCUACACACACCUGUGUGUACAACUUCUCCAAGAACAUCCUCAGCCUCAAUGAUACUGGGACUUACUACUGCGCUGUGGCCGCAUGUGGGAAGAUCAUUUUUGGGAAUGGGACUCGAGUACAAUUUGAAAAAGUUCUAGAAUUUGGUUAG